GGCAAUGCCCUGGACCAGUUCUUCUGUGAAAUCCCCCAGAUCCUCAAGCUCUCCUGCUCACAAGCCUACCUCAGGGAAACUGGGCCUAUCAUGGUCAGUGCCAGUUUAGUGUUUGGCUGUUUUGUUUUCAUUGUGUUGUCCUAUGUGCAGAUCUUCAGGGCUGUGCUGAGGAUGCCCUCAGAGCAGGGACGGCACAAAGCCUUUUCCCCCUGCCUCCCUCACCUCGCUGUGGUCUUUCUCUUUGUCUGCUCUGGUAUCUUUUCCUACCUUAAGUCCCCCUCCAUGUCCUCCCCAUUGAUGGACCUUUUGGUGUCCGUUCUAUACUCGGUGAUGCCUCCAGCAGUGAACCCCCUCAUCUACAGCCUGAGGAACCAAGAGCUCAAGGAUGUCCUGAGGAAACUGAUAACUGGAUUUUUUUCUAAAUCG